AUGUUCCACACGGCCUUUUUGGCGGCCUCGAAGAGGCACCUGCGGUUGCGGUGCUUUCAGUGUACUCGCCUCCUUCCAUCAGAGCACUUCCCUAAGAGGAGCGGUCCGCUCAACACACUGGUCUGCGUGGGCUGCAAGGAGAUGUGCUUCGGCUGUGGCUUGCGACAGCCCCGCAGCAGCUUCAGUGACGCCGGGUCGAACAUAUGCGACCGGUGCUUGGCGAAGCAACACGUGGCGCAGGAAAAUGUGUACUUCCGCUACCCGAUACUCACCUACCGCGCCUGUCCGUUUAGUGUGGAGGAGGCACGCGGUGAGCUCUGCCAAGAGGCACAGCAGGAGAAGCCGCCGUUGCCGUGCAUGCCUCGAUAG